CAAAGCUCAGUCCGGCUGAGGCAGCGGGGGAAGAUGGCGGCCGCCGUUCCACAGCGGGCGUGGACCGUGGAGCAGCUGCGCAGCGAACAGUUGCCCAAGAAGGACAUUAUCAAGUUUCUGCAGGAUCACGGUUCAGAUUCGUUUCUUGCAGAACAUAAGUUAUUAGGCAACAUUAAAAAUGUCGCCAAGACAGCCAACAAGGAUCAUUUGGUUACAGCCUAUAACCAUCUGUUUGAAAGUAAGCGUUUCAAGGGCUCUGAAAAUGUAAGUAAAGUGUCUGAGCAAGUGAAAAAUGUGAAACUUAAUGAAGAUAAACCCAAAGAAACCAAGUCCGAAGAGACUCAGGAUGAGGGUCCACCAAAAUAUACAAAAUCUGUUCUCAAAAAAGGAGAUAAAACCAACUUUCCUAAAAAAGGAGAUGUUGUUCACUGCUGGUAUACAGGAACACUACAGGAUGGUACUGUUUUUGACACUAAUGUUCAAACAAGUUCAAAGAAGAAGAAAAAUGCCAAGCCUUUAAGUUUUAAGGUUGGAGUGGGCAAAGUUAUCAGAGGAUGGGACGAGGCACUCUUGACUAUGAGUAAAGGAGAAAAGGCUCGACUGGAGAUUGAACCAGAAUGGGCUUAUGGAAAGAAAGGACAGCCUGAUGCCAAAAUUCCACCAAAUGCAAAACUCAUUUUUGAAGUAGAAUUAGUGGAUAUUGAUUGAAAUUGGAGUGCUACAGAUAUAAAGAUGUCAGCAAUGUGAUAAAACUUGGCCUUGAAGAACUUAUGUAACUUGUUGCCAUUGUUAACGGAAAAUGAAACUGGAAAAUUAGGAAUUCAAGCUUGUUUACUUGAUCCCAGUUUUUGAGAAGUGUAGUUCCUUGUAAAUACAUGAAGUCUAAAGUAUUUUACUACAGCUGUAAAAUGUUGGGAGAACUGUUUUCUCCAUUUACUUCAUGUGUAAACUAAAAGGCUCAAUAAACAUACCUA